CUGGGGUCUUGCGAGAAACUCGGAAUGGAAAAAAAGACUGAGACCCGGAACAUCGCGGCAGACGAGACAGAUCCUACCCGGACCUGCAGUGAGAUGCACAGUAAAACAUGGCGGCCAACAUAGAGCAAAUUUUCCAAGAUUUUAUAUUGAGUAAAAUCAGAGAAAUUGAAGACCAGAAUGACGACAAAUCUGCUGGCGAAGGAGUGGAUGCUGGCAGUGAACUGGAUGGAGCGGAGAAAACCGCCUCAGAGAGAGAGAAACAAGAAGAGUACAGGGGCAGGGGUUCACAGAAGAAACAUAAGAAGCACAAGAAACACAAAAGUAAGAAGAAGAGGAGGAACCGAGAGAGGGAGGAGAAGGAGAGCAGUUCGGAGUCUGUGACAGAACUGGAGGGAGGAACCAAACAUCAUCCAAGAAGAGGAACACCAACAGAGGUGAAUAAGGAGCAAGGUGAGGAAAAGAAGAGUAAGUCCAAGUGCCACAAGCGGCACUCAACAGGAAAGAGGAAGAAGAAGAAGAGGAGGAGGAAAGGUGAAGAGAACUCAUCAGAUUCUGACUCAGAGUACGUCUCAAAGCAGAGGGAUAGUAAAUGUGGUCAGAGCUUAUCGCCAAGGCGACGAGCGGAGCUGCCUGAUAUCAUCCCCAAACAGGACAGCUCCAGUAAAGGAAGAAGAGUUGAGGACAGACAUGGCAGGAGGAGCUGUCGUUCCCGUUCACAUUCACAUUCCGAUUAUCAUUCACAUUCCUGCUCGGUGAGGAGGAGCUCUCGCUCUCAGUGCAGACACCACCACCGAAGAUCUAGGACUCGCUCCUUAUCCAGUUCACAGCACCACAGGACCCGGUCAAGCUCCUCCGAGGAAAGGGGAACUUUGGAUGAAUCCAUACGGUCCCCCCAAGGUCCUUCAAAAAGCCUCCAGGUGCCUCAGCUGGCCUCCAGCCCUGCCCAAAGGAACAUCAAAGCUGAGGGGCUGACAGAGUCAAGCACAACGGAGCUGCAGAGCCCUGACCAGCGUGAAAAGCCAGCAGAGAAAAAGGAAGAGAAAGAAGAGGACACAACGCAAAAACGAGCUGCAGGUUGUGGAACAUCCCACUCCAUAGCUACUGAACCUGACCAGACCAGUGAGCCCAGCCUUCCUCAGCUUAAAGAAACAGAAUACCCCAGGUACCCUGCCACUGAUGGUAAAUCACCAACAAAGAAGAAGAGGAAACAAUCCAAGUCCCCGCAGAGGAACAAAGAAGGAAAGUCGUCAAAAAGGCAGAAAAGAUCCAAGUCACCAUGUAAGAGCAACAGGAGGGGAUCCAAAUCUAGGAGCCCUUCAAGGAGGACGAAAUCACGGUCGAGGUCAGGGGGCCGGAGGUCAAGGAGGUCACGCUCAUGGUCAGGGUCACGGGGUCGGAGGAGGGCUACAUACAGCCAAAGGGACCGAUGGAAACGAGAGCCGAGUCACUCCCCUGUACUCAUCCUCCGUAAAAAUAGAUCCCCCACCAGGAAACACUGCAGUUCGAGCAACAGCCCUCAACGCAUCAGUGAACUGGAUAAGAACCAGUUGUUGGAAAUUGCCAAGGCCAAUGCUGCUGCUAUGUGUGCCAAAGCAGGUAUGCCCAUCCCUGCCAGCCUGAGAUCCACAGUGCUUCCCCUGGCUCUGCCAAGUAUGGCUAUGAAUGCUGCAAUGGCCAGAAUGACUGCUGCCACCAUGACAGCGGCCCUGUCUAACAUGGGCACUCUGUCUUCACUGCUCUCACUGCCCUCCAUUACCAACAAGCCACCUCCGGCUGCCGCCCAACCCAACGUUGCUGCUUUGGAGGAAGUGAAAAAGAAAAUUGCGAAGCAGGCCAACAGCAUGAGCAUUAAGGAAUUUACUGACAAAUGCAAGAUGAUCGUGGACAGUAAAGGAGAGCUGCCAGUGGCAGAGCCUCAUAUUUCUGACGAAGAGGAUGAUGGGAAACCCUUUGGAGGAUCAGCUCUUCGAGAGCAAAAAGCCAUCAGCUUCAGCAUCAAUAACACAACAGUUCGUCCAGCAGUGCGUAGUGAUGCAGGCAUGGCCAAGGAGUUUCCUGUGUCUUCAGGAUCCCAACAUCGUAAGAAGGAGGGCGAGGCAUUGGGUGCCUAUGGAGAAUGGGUUCCCGUUGACAAAACAGCAGACAAAGCUGCAGCUGCCUCCACAAAGGCCCUGACGACUGUUCCCAUAGCGUCAGCUGCCACAUCAUCAGGUGAAACGGCGGCAGCAGGGUCACCAGACGCUGCCGAACAGCCAGUGUUUGUGGCCGUUAAUGACAGCGUUUUUCCUGACCCACUACUGCAGGUAGGUUGUUACUGA